AUGUCGGCUAAGCAACUCGUCAUCAGUGCGGCAUCUGCUGCCGUUAUGUUAUCGAGUCUGAUUCCCUGCAACGCAGUCAGGGCCGCUGUCCAACCCGCCUCCGCUGGGGAGUUCAGCGAUUAUCCUCCUACGAGAUAUGCAACCUUUGACGAAAGGAAAAAUGCUCUCCAUUGCGGUUAUGAUAAUCGCAAGAAGAACCGUGAUGACUCGGCAGCAUUGGACUUCUACAUCGUUGGCAACGGCGUGCAAACUGGGGCGAUUACUUGUCCCAAGGCAGGGAAGUAUCCGGCGUUCCGGACAUC